GCUGGUACCCGGAGCAUCCUCUGUCAUCUCCUUCAUCACCGGAGCAUCCUUGCUCAAACCGGAGCAUCCCCCUGGAGGAGCUGGAGCGGGGCGAGGGCUGAGCCAGGUCCAGGCUGGCAUCCAGGGUCCUCCCGCCCCCCAUUGCACCACGGAUGGGUGGCUCCACCACCCCUGUCCCCUCACCCCGGGCCUGAGGGCGCAGCCCCCGCAGCAGAGACACCCCCAGCCCCCGCAGCAGCCCCGAGCCAGCCCCGAGGGCACCAUGGAGGAGUCGUUCCGGGACCGGACCGCCUUCAUCCGCGGCGCCAAGGACAUCGCCAAGGAGGUGAAGAAACACGCGGCCAAGAAGGUGAGCAGGGGCAUGGACCGAGUGCAGGACGAGUACACCCGCCGCUCCUACUCCCGCUUCGAGGAGGAGGAGGACGAUGAAGACUACGCGCCCCAGGACGGCUACUACAGAGGGGGCGAGGGCGCCAACGAGGAGGAGGGGGUGUCCAGCGACGCCACGGAAGGCCACGAUGAGGAGGAUGAGAUCUACGAGGGCGAAUACCAAGGGAUCCCCCGGCAGGAGUCGCUGAAGGGCGGGGAGCGCCUGGGGGCCGCGGCGGCCGCCGGAGCUUUCGAUGACAGCGAGGGGCAGCGGAGGAAGGACCGGGAGGAGCUGGCGCAGCAGUACGAGCUCAUCCUGCAGGAAUGCGGCCACGGCCGCUUCCAGUGGACCCUCUACUUUGUCCUGGGCCUGGCCCUGAUGGCUGACGGCGUGGAGAUCUUUGUGGUGGGCUUCGUCCUGCCCAGCGCCGAGAAGGACAUGUGCCUGUCCGACUCCAACAAGGGCAUGCUGGGGCUCAUCGUGUACCUGGGCAUGAUGGUGGGCGCGUUCGUGUGGGGCGGGCUGGCCGACCGGCUGGGCCGAAGGCAGUGCCUCCUCAUCUCCCUCUCCGUCAACAGCGUCUUCGCCUUCUUCUCCUCCUUCGUCCAGGGCUACGGCACCUUCCUCUUCUGCCGCCUGCUCUCGGGCGUGGGCAUCGGCGGCUCCAUCCCCAUCGUCUUCUCCUACUUCUCGGAGUUCCUGGCGCAGGAGAAGCGCGGGGAGCACCUGAGCUGGCUCUGCAUGUUCUGGAUGAUCGGGGGCAUCUACGCGUCCGCCAUGGCCUGGGCCAUCAUCCCGCACUACGGCUGGAGCUUCCAGAUGGGCUCUGCGUACCAAUUCCACAGCUGGAGGGUUUUCGUCCUCGUCUGCGCCUUCCCCUCGGUCUUCGCCAUCGGGGCGCUCACCACCAUGCCGGAGAGCCCACGCUUCUACCUUGAGAACGGGAAGCACGACGAGGCCUGGAUGGUGCUGAAGCAGGUCCAUGACACCAACAUGAGGGCCAAGGGCCACCCCGAGAGGGUCUUCUCGGUCACCCACAUCAAGACCAUCAAGCGGGAGGACGAGCUCAUCGAGAUCCAGUCGGACACCGGGACGUGGUACCGGCGCUGGCUGGUCCGAUGCCUCAACCUGUCCCAGCAGGUCUGGAGCAACUUCCAGCAGUGCUUCGUGCCCGAGUACCGGCGGGUGACACUGAUGAUGAUGGCGGUGUGGUUCACCAUGUCCUUCAGCUACUACGGGCUCACCGUGUGGUUCCCGGACAUGAUCAAGCACCUGCAGAGCAUCGAGUACGCGUCGCGCACCAAGCUCUUCACGCGCGAGAAGGUUCGGCACUUCACCUUCAACUUCACCCUGGAGAACCAAGUGCACCGUGGUGGGGAGUAUUUCAACGACAAGUUCAUCGGGCUGAAGAUGAAGUCAGUGACGUUCGAGGACUCGCUCUUUGAGGAGUGCUACUUCGAGGACAUCACUUCCAGCAACACCUUCUUCAAGAACUGCACCUUCAUCUCCACCGUCUUCUACAACACAGAUCUGUUCGAGUACAAGUUCAUCAACAGCCGGGUGGUGAACAGCACGUUCCUGCACAACAAGGAGGGCUGCCAGCUGGACUUCAGCGACGACAACAACGCCUACAUGAUCUACUUUGUCAGCUUCCUGGGCACCCUGGCCGUGCUCCCCGGGAACAUCGUCUCGGCCCUGCUCAUGGACAAGAUCGGCCGCCUGCGCAUGCUGGCUGGCUCCAGUGUCAUGUCCUGCAUCAGCUGCUUCUUCCUGUCCUUUGGCAACAGCGAGUCUGCCAUGAUCGCCCUGCUCUGCCUCUUUGGGGGGGUCAGCAUCGCCUCCUGGAACGCGCUCGACGUGCUCACCGUGGAGCUCUACCCCUCUGACAAGAGGACGACGGCCUUUGGCUUCCUGAACGCCCUGUGCAAGCUGGCAGCCGUGCUGGGCAUCAGCAUCUUCACCUCCUUCGUGGGCAUCACCAAGGCCGUGCCCAUCCUCUUUGCCUCAGCCGCUCUGGCCCUCGGCAGCUCCCUGGCCCUCAAACUGCCCGAGACGAGGGGCCAGGUCCUGCAGUGAUGGGGGGCUGGGGGAGAGGGACCCCCACCCUCCCCUUUCCCUGGGGUACCCCCCAAAAUCCAGCAUUUCCCCCCCUCUCUCUCCUCUCCAUCUCCUCGUGCCCCCGGGGUUAGUUCUGCGUUAGACACUGUGAAACGUC